AUGGAUUCGAGGUCGGCAUCGCCCGCGGACAGCCAGCAGGCCAAUGGGCCGCUCCGGCGUCUGCUGCCCGCGAAUUCGGCUGCAGGCGAAGCAAACGGACUUCGGGGCAAGUCUGGGUCCCGGCCUGGUUCUGUCGCUGCGCCGUCCGUCAUUCCCGCUCGCAGGAAGAGGGGACAAGCGACCACAGCAGCUUGCGGCGCGUGCCGGAAACGCAAGUCAAAGUGCGAUGGCGGGCGUCCGGUCUGUUCAAUCUGCCGAGACCGGGGCACCGCCUGCGAGUUCGACACCAAUGCGGCCGAGACGCACACUCAAGCGCUCAAGCGAAAGUUCAAUGAGCUGCAGAGCCAGAAGUCGGCAUUCGAGCAGGUCUACGAACUUCUGCAGACGCGAUCCGACAAGGAGGCCGAGGAGCUGUUCCGACGGAUCCGCAGGGGCGCCGAUGCUGGCUCCAUCUUGCGCCAUGUCAACUACGGCGAUGUCCUUGUCCAGCUUGCCCUGGUCCCGGAGUCUAGGUAUCGAUUCGAGUUCCCUUACAUUCCCGAGAUGCCGCCCUACCUGCGCCGUGCCGACAACCCGUACCUGGAGUCGGAGGUCUAUGAGUGUGCACUCCGCGGUCCGUCGAAUCCCUCCCAGCAACCAGGUCACCGGCCACGGCAACUACUGCCAGAUUCGCAGAACGUAUACGCGGUCGGGGCGCGGGAUCCGUAUCUGAAGCCAUACCAGUCUGCUGCUGUGGUGCACCCUUGGCUGGACUCGGUGAAGCCUUCGAAGUGGACCAACGUGAGCACCGAUGACGCCCUAAUGCGGAAGAUCCUCCAGGACUAUUUUCUUCUCGAGUACGACUGGUUCUCCUUCUUCCACAAGGACUACCUCCUCGAAGACAUGGCUACAGAGAACCAGCGCUUCUGCUCCGAGUUCAUGGUCAACGCGCUGCUGUGCUACGGAUGCUUUUGCCAUCGUGGUCUCCAGGGACGUGCUGAGUUCUGGAAUCCGAAGAACAUCGGGUACCAGUUCCUCGCCGAAGCGAAACGACUGUUUGAGAUUGAGUCCGAGCUUGAACGACCACCGCGGAUUCCAGGGGACCUAGACUGGGAGCGCAAAGACCUGGAGUGGGAGCAACGUAGGCUUGUCACUAUACAAGCCUCUGUGCUCUUGACCAUUAUCUACAGCCUCAACGGCUCGGAUAAGAUUGGUUGGCGGUAUACACUGAAGGCGAUCGAUAUGGCGAACGAAAUCCAACUGUUCGGCCCCCUACUCGAACGCCACGGGCCCGAAUUACAGUGUGUAAGGACCUACACGGCGUGGGGGUUAUUCUGCUGGCAGAGUCUCGUGACCUAUCAUUACUUGAAGCCACCCGCGAUCGCCGAGCCUCCCAGGACACCUCUCCCAGACCCCUCGCAACAGCCGCAGUGGUAUGGCGAGCUUUGGGUGAAGUACCCCGCGAGCCAGACGCCACUGCCGACGUACCAUGGCCUUCUCUUCAAGGCGAAGGCCGAAUUCUGGACCAUCAUGAACGAGGUUUCGCGGCUCACUUUCUCGCACUAUUGCUCGCCAACACGGCUAUCGGUCAGCCAAAUCCUCCAAUUCUAUGGCAGACUGAGAUCAUGGUGGCAAAACCUCCCAGAGGCCCUCACGCCGGGACGAAUCGCGCUGCCGCAUCAGUUGAAGUUGCACAUGCACUACGCGAACGCCGUGAUCGACCUUAUGACGCCCAUCCUCGGCUAUGACGGGCUCGUCGGGACGGAGUCAGGGCAGACACCGCGUGAUGUUUAUAUCGACACCGUAACCAACUUUGAAACACUCCUCCGCCUGUACUACCUCCGGCACGGAUUCGAGGGCUCCGACGGAUGGCUUCUCCAUUUCCUCGGCUUACUGAACCACAUAACGAUGAAUGCGAUCGAGACGAGCACGGGCUCUUCCUUCCUCGAGUCGCGCAGAUCGACCUUGCUACUUCUCACGAAAGGAAUCCACGCCCAGUGCAGAGUUAACUACAUUGCACGGGCCAUCUUCCGCUAUCAAGUAAGCUUGAUGCGGCCGGAAGACGUCGACCUGCUGCGACAAUUUGUCGAGCUGGAAUCGGACGAGUUGAUGAACGGGCCGCUCGAGCAAGCCGUCCAUACCGACUGGCCCGUGUACGAAGUCGGGCUCGAGGCGAAAGCCGAGAUGCGGCGGCAAGGGAGGACCCUGGCAAGCGGCCUGGCGUCCCUGUCCUUGACGUCCAGCCCCUUGCCCACGCCUAGUCGUUCUCCAUCGCAUUUGACAAAUUAA